AUGCCCAUCUUUGACGCCCACAUGUUUCCUGACCCUUACCAAUCCUCUCUGCAAUGCUGCAACGAGCAGACCAUCUACCCUGAUCUGGUGAUCAAGGGCGAGAACUACAUUCCAAAUCCAAACGUGCUGACCAUUGCCAGCAUCAUCGACCUGAUCAGCUGGACCAUCAUCCUCCUCAUGCUCUUUGGGGACUACAUCUUCAAUGCCUUGGGCAUUGCACCUCCGAACCUCUACCUCCAGGCAAAAGAAAACUCGAUGCUCGUCAUUGUGAUGACAUUCUUCCUCUCCAACACCAUCAAGCAAAACCUCCUCUCCACUGGCGCCUUUGAGAUUGCACUCGACGGCGACCUUCUCUUCUCCAAGUUGGAGACAGGUCGUAUGCCCGCGUGGCCAGAGCUCAUGCGCACUCUCGACGUCAAGCUCAGAACUUGA